AUGCUUUUUCGGGAACUAUCACCAACUCAAUUAAUGAGAAAUGAUAGAAGUGUAGCAUCCAAAUGUUGUUGCUUUUUGUCACCAUCUGGUCGUUAUGGAGUAUAUAUUAGUCGUGUGGAAGUAUUCGAAACACGACCAAUUGAAACUCAUUUUUACAAUUAUAAUUUUAUUGUUUCGGAUUUUAUACUUGAUACAACAACCGAAUAUAUCUCAACAUGUGGUCCUUUUAAGCGAUUUCAUCGUUUUUAUUAUUUAAAUGAUAAUAUUGGAAUACUUGUUGAUUUUUCACGUAAUAAUGGUAAUAUAACACAAAAUGUUAUUCAAUUUUCACAUAUAAAUCAUACAGUAACAUGUGAAUAUGGUCGUAUUUGGAAUUUUAAUGUUGAUGAUAUGUUAUAUGAAACAGAUAAUACUCGUAUGAUUUGUACGACAGCAUUAAUGAAAGAUAAAAAUAUUUCAUAUUUACCAUUACUUGGUGAAAAAGAUCGUAUAUCAAAAAUAUUUGUUCGUUUGGUACCAGCUAAUCCAUUUAAUACAUCCAAUUUUAUUAUACCAAUGUUAGAAAUAAGUGAAUUAGAGAUUAAUGAACAAGAUGCUUUUCAAUAUGGUAUACAAACAGAAGAUGGCGAAAUAUUACGUGAAUCAAAUUUAUGCACUGAUACUAAUUGUUAUCCAUUAAUUAAUGGGACAUCAUUAUAUUUUAUUGUACAACUUCGAACG